AUGAAAGAUGAGCUUCCAAUUAAACCAUUUUAUAUUUAUAAUAUUUCAGAAGAAAUCCUAUCAACAUUAGUAGAAGAAGAUAAAAAACUUAUUUUACCAGAAAAAGUGGAUAAACAGUCGAUUUAUGAAUUUGACAAAGAGAUACCACUAACAUGUUCUAUAUGCAAAGAAAUAAAAUUUAAUUCUCAGGAGGAACAUAGAAUACAUGUAAAAACAGACUGGCACCAAUUUAAUAUUAAAAGAAAUGCUGCUAAAAUGCCUAUAUUAGAUUUUGAAGAAUUUGAAGCAGUAUUAGAGGAUAUAACAGAAUCGAUUUCUGGGUCCGAUUCAGAAACUGAAAGUUCAGAAUUAGAUGAGGCUGAAGAUUUAUUUAUAUCAAAGACGCAAAUACCUGUUGAAGAAAACGUUAUACAGCUACGGGAAUCCAAAGAUCCAAUAAUAUGGACAUCAUCAAAUAAACUGAAAAAAUCUAUACAUAUUGGAUUUUAUAGAUGUCUUUUUAAUUAUGACAAUUCACAAACAUUUAUUUCCAUUCUUCGUCAAAAUCAAUUAAAUACAGAAAAUAAGCAUAGAACGAUUACAUUAAUAAUGGUCGGGGGAGGAAAUUUUGCAGGAAUGGUUGUCUCCUUGUACCCAAAAAAUAAAAAUCAUAAAGGUUAUUUUAAAAUAGAUGAACUUAAUAUAUUAUAUCAUAAAACAUUUCAUCAUUAUACAACACGUAGAAAGCAAGGUGGAUCACAAAGCACCCAUGAUUCAGGAAAAGGGGCGGCUAUUUCUGCUGGAAGUAAUUUAAGAAGGCAUAAUGAAGCUAUUUUGCAAAUGAAAAUCCGUCAGCUCUUAAUAUCGUGGAAGUCAGCAUUGGAUGAAUCAGAACUAAUUUUUGUUAAAGCCUCAGGAAAACUUAAUCACAAAAUUCUUUUCGGCUAUGAAAAUUCAGUUUUAUCAGUAACUGAUAAACGUUUAAGAAAAAUUCCAUUUACUACCCAUAGAGCUACUAAAAAUGAACUUAUUAGAUGUUUUAAUGAACUCACAAUGGCAAAAAUAGUUGAAAUCAAUCCAGAAGAGGUUAAAACUCUUCCUAAAAUUACAACAAAUGUAACAAAUAUUCCCGAAGUAAUAAAAGUAGAUAAAGCACUUGAAUUCAAGAAAAAAAAGACUUCUAAAAUUGCUCUUCUUAUAAAAGAAGGUAAUCCUCAAAAAUUAAUUGACUAUAUAGAAAAAAAUUCAUUAUCAUAUGAUUUCGAAUUUCAGCCUGUUUCAUUAUAUCAACAUACUUCUACACCUCUUCAUCUUUCAUCCUCACUUUCUUUAUCACAUAUUGUUACUGCAUUACUGGAAAAAGGUGCUGACCCAACUAUAAGAAAUGGAAAUGGAAAAACAGCAUAUGAAAUAGCGGGUGAUAAAACAACACAAUAUGCAUUUAGACAAUGUCGGGCUAAGUUAGGUGAGGAAAAAUGGGACUGGAGAUCAGCACAUGUUCCUUCUGCAUUAACAGAAAGUGAAAUUAAAAAACGAGAAGAAUAUUUAAAAGAACUUAAAAUCAAAACAUUACAAGAGGAAAAAUUACACCGAGAAAAUGAAUUAAAAAAACUUAUGAAAACCGAGACAUCGUUGAACGAAAAUUCAGAAAAAUUAAAAAAAAAACCAAUUGUACCUUUAUCAAUAGGAAAAGCCUUACAAGAUCAACGUAAUCUAUCUCCCGACCUCCAAAGACGUAUCGAAAGAGAAAAACGAGCACGAGCUGCUGAAGAAAGAAUAAAAAAAAUGCUACAAUUAAAUGGAUAA